UAAACAAUAACUAAAUGUUGCCGCGUUCGGACGUGAGUUGUGAGUUGCGGAUGAUCGCCACUUCGUGAUUGGCACGGUAAAUUAUAAAUAAAUACAAGAAAAGUGAACAAUAUUUGGUUCUCGUUCGGCUCCAAACAACAACAACAACUAUUGGGACUCUAUUGAGAGUGCGUGAUUUUCGUAACCUGCAUAUCUCAAUUUUUUUUUGGUAAAAAACCACUGCAGCAGCUAAGGAAAUAGAUAAAACAGUUUCGAAUUUGUGUGGCUUGAAUGUGGCCAUAAAAAAUCGAGGCGGCAAGGCUGAACUGCUUUUUAUGAUCCCAACGAAAAACACUUCGACCAAUCUCCCACUCAGUCAAGACAUUUCAACAGAUCUGAUUGAAACCCGUGACAAUAACUACUCUAGAAACUGCUAAUGAAAUCGGACACCUCCGUGGCCCCCGCCCGAUGUGCGUGGGUGGUGGCGCAUCGCAUCUGAGUAGGAAUCAAUUCUCGAGCGCGGAGACAUGCUGAGCCAGUGAUUAGGGGCCGAAGAACCCGCGUAGGAGUCCGCUGCCAUGUGAGCAGAGCCCAUCUCUCACCUCAUCUCAGUCCGAAGCACACAAGAAGCCCAAACGGGAAGUUACGGAGAGCGCCAGCGCCAGGCGACAGUUGCCCAGAGACAGGUUGCAGUAACAUUCAACACCAGAAUGGAGGCCACCGAACAGGAUGUCAUGCUGGAGGGCAGCGAAGACCUCAUGUCCACAUCGGCCACGUCCACAAAUGGUAGCGACACAAACGGUUGCGGCAAGAAAUCGUCCGCAACCUCGCCAGAUCCCACAUCGUACGUGGCCAAGGCGCGAGUGACGCGUCCCACGCCGCCAGCCCCCUCGAAGAAUCCGAUGCAGUUCGUCCAGAUCAAGCCCUGCAACCUAUACCAGACCGCUCAGCAGCAGCUGAAGAAGGCCGAGGAGGUCAAGAAGCUGAAGGAGGUGAAGAAGGAGGAGCCCGAGGAGUGGCAGAACAACCUUGACAAUUGGAAAUCGUCAAGGCGAAAACGUGUCGAGCACAUCAUCGAUCGUGUGGUGGAGACGAAGAAGCUCGAGCUGGAGGAGCAUGAUCGCAUGCGGCGGAAAUCGAAGACAUUCACCGAAAUGAUGGAGGAGAGGGCCGAAAGGGGCGGACCUCGGGGCCGUGCCAAGCUGGCUUCCCUGGCCGUCUACAAUGAGGAUGAAACGAAUGAUCUGAGCGACCUGGGGAUCGGGACGAGCAGUGCCAGCGGCAAGAGCAGCCUGUCCGAGGAUUACGACAAUAAUAGUGUUAUGAGUGACAAUGCCGCCGAGCUGGACAAGGCCAUUGGCGCCGCUGGUUCUGGGGCUGCGGGAGCAGCUUCCCGCAACGUGGACGAGCAGCAAAAUCACAUCAACCGCAACGGCAGCAAUGGCAACCACAACAACGGAGUGGCCGUUGGCCAGGCGAGCACAUCGAAUGCCUCCAAGGCAGCAGGCAGAGAGUACAUCUCCUCGCCGGGAUACGACACAUCCUCCAGCACGGCGCCAGCCAGCUCUCCGGAUCCCUGUGAAUACACCUACGAGGGAGCGAUCCAGGACUACAAGCAGCGGGUUCAAAGGGCCAGCAGCAAUGGCAAUGCCAAUGCCAAUGGCAAGGUGAACGGUGAACCCAUCGCAUAUCCCACCCGGCGUGGCUCCAAGAUUGAGGACCGUCUUAGCGGCUUCGAGGUGACCUCGCCCAGCGACACGCAGGAGGGCGUCGAAAAACAGAAAGUGGAUGUACCCAAGGUGGACAUCUCGAAGCGCAAGGAAAUCUUCGAGCAGGCCAAGUCGAGUAGCUCUCACGGAGCUGCCUCUGCUGCUCCCAAAGUGGUGCUGCGGGAUCGCCUGACGAAUGGCAACGGCGGAGCCCCGGCUGGCUUCAAGCCGGAGGUAAAGCGUCUCUCGGGCGACAUCUCCAGCAUUCGAGAUCGGAUGCAGAGUCUCGAGCAGCAGCGCAACGCCUUCAAUUCCAGCAAGAGUGUGGAUGUGCCGGUGCCGCCACUCAAGCAGCGCUUGAACAGCCUGCAGCAGUCCGUUACCAAAGAGGAGCAGAAGAAGCCGCCGCUGGUGGCCCUCAUCGAUGCCCGCCAGCUGGAGAUCAUGAGAGGAGAGGAGGAACGGAUGCGUCAGCAGCAGCAGCAGAAGAAGGAGCAGCAUCUCGCCCAGCACCAGACAACGGUGGCCUCUCCGCCGACGGCAGCUCCACCAGCUCUGAUCAUAGAGGAGCCGCCGGCAACAUCCGCCAACGAUGACAGCGGCAUCCAGGAGGACACCAGUGAGGAGCUGCAGCAGCAGCAGCAGCAACUCAAUGCGGCCAUCGCCGCCUUGGCCCUCGAGGAGCGUCAGCUGGAGGAGGCUGCCAAUGCGGUCAACCAGAUCGAGGCGGAGUUUGACGAGCUGACCGAUCUGAAUCCAUCGCCAUUGCCACCGUCGCCGGCUCGACCCGCGGCUCAGACCUCGUCUUCGUCACCGUCGUCGUCGUCAGCUGCUUCAGCUCCAAUUCAAGCGGCCAAUCAGGCGGCAGCUCCUCCAUUGCGGGACAUGGAAUUUAGUAUCAACGAAGCUCUUGAAUUGGCGCUCGAGGCAAUCGAUCGCGAGACGACACCCAGGCCAAUGGACAAGGCGCAGCAACUGGCAGAGAAACCGGAGGAGGAGGAGGAGGAGCACCACAACGAGAAGCAACAGGAGGAUUCGAAGCAGGAGCCAAAGUCGGAGCCUGAACAGGGGGGAACACACACAGAGGGUGGGGGGGAUAUGCCAAAUAAAACCGACGAGCAGAAGCAGGGGGAACGAGAGCCCAUCUAUGAGAAUGUCAGCUCGACUAUAUCUAUGCACGAAGUAGAUAAUGAACAGAUAGCAACGAUGACGAUAACCACACAGACCCAGGCGGCGACGCGUAGGAGUCACAGGAGAAGCAUUCCAAAUAACCAAACCAGCAACAGCAACAAUAACGAGAAUAAUCAAAACACUAAUCAAACCAACAGCAACAGCAACAACAGCAAUCAGAGCGAGAACAACCCAGCAGCAGCAGCAGCAACGGCAACAGCACCACCACUAGCCCCCAUUGUGCCACCAACAGCAUCGGCGGCGGCGGGUGAAGCAGAGCCCUACUAUCAAGUGCCCAAGGCCACGGAGCCCUACUACGAUGCCCCCAAGCAUUUGCGACCCGUUCCCGUCUACGAGAACAUCGAGAUCUUCUACUCCGGCCUGGAAAUCAGUCAAGGAUCGGCGCUACCACCCGUGGGCCUGAUGGAGCCGCCUAAGGAGAAACCACCGCCGCCGCCCACCGAAAGUCCGCCGCCAGUUCCAGUUCGCGACAGUCGAGUCGAUGAGCUGGAUGGCUUGGACAGCAGUCUGGGGCAUAACACCGACACCUGGUCGUCGGAUAAUACCUACGAGACCAUAUCCAACGGCACACGCCGGCAGCUGCAGGGACAGCUGCUGGAACCUGCCCAGCCAUCUCCGCCCAUCAAGCGGAUGAACUCCACCAAGCGGAUCAAGAAGGAGCUGCGCAACAAGCGCUCCAGUUUCCUUGGCAUCGAGACCGACGGCGAUCUUGAUGACAUGGAGAGUUAUCUGGAGCUGACGGUGGCCCCGCCGCCGGAUAUGGCGCAGCUCCUGCAGGAAGAGCGUCGACUGGAGAAGCAGCUGUACAUCAAGGCGGGACUGUGCGACAGUUCGGACACGGGCGAUAGCCGCGACUCGGGCGUUUCGGAGAACCACUCGCGCCAGAGCAGCGAGCACUACACCAACUCCUCAGAGGAGAACGAUACGCAGUCGGAGGCCACACCGCCACCGCUGCCUCCGCCGCCGGCUACCACGCAUCUGGGCGAGGUGAUUUACCAGAACGAAAACCUACUGCUGGCGGCACAGACACCUCUACUCCAGACGGUCAAAGGUAACUCGGCCGAAUCCUGGACAGAAUCGGCAACGGCGGCUGCGGCGGCCACUCAAUCGCUGAGCGAAGCCACUGCAACGGCCAAUGCUAAGAUGCAGUCCAUCGAGGAGAAGAUACGGGAGCAGGGCGAGGUGUUGCGUGUGGAGCGAGAACUUCUGCACUUUUCGCAGGAGGAACUGAAGCGGCAGCGUGAGAAUCUUCUGCUGCGCGAAAACCUGGCACGUCGGGAGCUGCAACAUGGGGCAAAGAUGCUGAUGUCAAACAACCGUCGUUCCCUGCAGGAUUUGCACCAUGGCCUGGGCAUUGGCAAUGGGAUGCUGAGCGCCUUCCAACCACCGCCGCCGCCACAGCACCACCAGCAGCCACUACACCCGACGCAUCCGCAGCAGAUCUACGCCAACGUGCCACAGCAGCAGCAACAGCAGCAGCAGCAGAAGGCGGCGCUGUAUGCUUAUCACCAGAUGGACACGGACUACCGCAAGUCCAUGUCGGAUCUAAACGAGUUCUCCAACCGCCUAAUGUUGCCGCCAACGCCGCCCACAAAGCCAUUACGAGCAAUGCACAUAGCCGCCGCCAAUGGUCACGGCCUGGAGCCCGACUAUGCGGUUAGUACGAGGCAGCGACAACCGCCAGUUCCUUAUGGCGGCUCCCUGGUGAAGAUCGCUGGGGCUCCCAUGGGCCCGCGACUAUCCGGUCCCGGUUAUCCCGUUCAGGCCUCAGCGGCGGCUGCCUACCACCACCAAUCGGCCCAGAAUCUGAGCAAUAUGUCGCGGAAUACAUUGCUCGCCCUGAGUGCCACGCCCAAGCCCAAAUACACAGACGGUUGGGUGCAGGUGCAGCAGCGGAAGAGCUACGACAGCAACUUGGCCAACGAUCCGGCCUGGCUCUCCGCCCAGCAGCAGAAGCGCAAGUCCAUGCCGGACUAUGGCGGAGCCGUCUACAACAACAACCACUGGCUUUUGCAGGAGGCGGAGCAGCGACGCAUUGAUCAGCUUAACCGGCGAUCGAUGCCGGCCAGCAAGUCGAAUGGAAAGCCCUUGCCCGACUCCAUCAUCCAGACGCUGACGGAACGCGUUCAGAGCAAGGGCAUUGGCGAACGAAAACGCUUUGAUGGUAAUGGAAACUAUAGCCAGGUCAAUGGCAACACCAACAAUGGCUAUCAGCAGCAACCGCAUCAGCAGCAGCAGCAGCAACCGCAGCAUCCGCAGAAGACCAACAGCAGCAGCAACAACAACAACAACAGCAAUGGCAGCCAGGAGAAGGUGCUCAGCGUCAGUGGCAAAAAGAAGUGCUCCCAUUGCGGGGACGAACUAGGUCGCGGUGCUGCCAUGAUCAUCGAGUCGCUGCUGCUGUUCUACCACAUCAACUGCUUCAAGUGCUGCGUCUGCCAUGUGCAACUGGGCGAUGGCCUCAAUGGAACCGACGUCCGGGUGCGGAACCACAAGCUGCACUGCCAGAACUGCUAUUCCAGCGACGAGUUCAAGUUCAGCUGCGUCUAGGAGUUACAGCUGGCGAAUGUUGUUGUUCUUGUUCUUGUUGCUAUUGCAGCAAAUUGAUUGUUGUUGUUGUACUAGUAAUAUAUAGACACUAACUACAGACGCGUAAUUCGUAUGUUCAGAUAUGCAUAUACAGUACAUAGAUAUAUCCAUGUUGAGAACAAAGUCAAAUGCAAAACGUUUCAGAUUAGUGUUAAUUAAUCGCUUCAAUAUAAGUAUGCAAUUUUUUGAAUGUCUUUGCAUUGCUUUUUGACUCCGAUUUUAACGUUUUUUAUAUACGACGAUAUAUUCUACAUGUUUGAAAAUCCGACGUUAAAGCUAAGCUCUCUACAGUUUUAUGCCAAGUCAAAGUCAAAUUUCAAAAUGCAAUUGCAAUUUAUUGUGUGUUUGAAAAUUAUAUAAGACAAAAAUAAAAACAAAAAAAAAGUUCUUUGAACGUUGUUAAAAUUUUGAAAUUGUAUAUUGCCUACAUAGAUAUAUCUACAGACAAACGAGUUGUACAUUAAUUUUCCGACCAAUGCGCUGACGUAUUUCUAUUCGCAUUCGGUGUCUUCUAAUUCUGAAGUUUCUAUGUACUAUCAGUUUCUUUACACGCCCCAGCCCACGUAGAAUACCUAACGACGUAUCCAAUGUACCUAAAGUUAUAUACAAAAAUACCCAUGCACACGCAACACACUAACAUAAGUACAUAUUAUUAUAUACAUACUAUAUACAUACUAAACGAGAUAUGCAUAUAACGUGAAAGAUUUCAUUUCUAAUUGUCGUUAUUCUUAUUUAUUGUAAUUAAGCAUAUGAAUCAAAAUCAUGGAUAUUCUAUAUACACUUCUUGGAUUUUAUGAUUAACUUUUAAACUUGAUUGGUAUAUGAAAAAUAUUUCUGUAAAAAUACAAAGAAACGAUUUGAAUUUCGCUUAGUUUUAUAAUAAAGUAUUUAAAAGAACAAAA